UCCUAAAAUUUGUAUAUUUUGAUUUCUUCUGAAAAUCUUUGAAAAAUCUUCUAAAUUUUUAUCAUUUGUUUUCUUCUGUAAAUCUUUCUGUUUUUGUUUCUCAUACCUUCAAUGGAAUCCGUUCAUGGUCUCAAACAGUCCACUAAAAAUCAACGAAUUCUUGUUUCUCCUGGUUCUGAUUCGUCUUGGGAAGGUUACGACGAAGUUAGAUCCAAACAUCGUAACGAUCCAACAGUGAUGAAUAAGCUACGUGAGAAAUUGAAGUCGAAAGCUACAGUUAAACAUGCACCCAAAGAAAUAGACAACAAGAUUGAAGGGGUUACAACACGCCCUAAUCUCCCAAAGGAAAUGAAAUACGUCAUCAAGAAGAUCCCGUCCCACCCAUUGAGAUUCGGAACGGCAUAUAGGGCUAAUUUUCUUGAUGAUUUUGAAUCAUCAAUAGGUGGAGAUAUUGUUGUCAGAAGGCUAUGGAUGGUUAUGUUAGCGAUAACGACAAUAAAAAAAAAAUUAGGAGAGACAUCUCUCCAAACCAAGGAGAACUGAUUGAUGUCGAGUAGUUUU